AUGUCGAUACAACGCACACCACCAAAAUUCUCGUCCAACCCGAAUUUAUCUGCAUCGGCGGAGGUAGAUGAUAUGUUUGUCAAUUUACGUAAGCGUAAGCAACCUGAAGAUGAUGACAUUACUUACCGAAUGAAAAUAUUGGAAGAUAAACUCGAUAAAUUUGAUCAAAAUAUAUCUGAGACUAUAACCAAGUCCUUACAAUUAAUUUUGGCAAGUGAAUUGUCUAAGAUAACAGUGUCAUUGGCCACUCUAAAUGACACUGUCCAUGGCCUGCGCUCCGACAAUGCAAGCUUCAAGGAAUCCCUCAAGGAUAUAAACAGCCGCCUAUCGGAGAUGGAAAAAUCGUUCAGUUAUAGUAAUACACGCCAGGACACCUUCGAUGAACAAUUACAAACUUUAAAAAAUCAAAUGCAGCCAGUCAGUGACCUACCUUGUCAUAUUAAAAAACUUGAAAGCAAGUUAGCAGCUAUGGAGCAGCAAGCUCGAGAUUGCAAUAUUGAAAUCACUAACUUGCCCGACAGACGUAAUGAGAAUCUUACAAAUAUUGUAAUGGGCAUUGGUACAUUUAUCAAACAACAAAUACUUGCGACCGAUAUUGUAGCAAUUCACCGUGUACCUCACGCAGACCAAAAAGAUACCCGACCUAAAAACGUUAUUGUUAAACUUACCACCCGGACUCUACGCGAUAAUAUCAUAGCUGCUAGUCGUUCUAGUAAGGAUCUCAAUACUGAAAAGCUGGGAAUAUCCGGAUCACCUCAAAAAAUAUUUAUCAACGAGCAUCUAACUAUCCAAAACAAGCACUUGUUUCGUGAAUGUCGUAACAGAGCCAAAUCACAGGAUUACAAGUUUGUUUGGAUCAAACAUGGUGUUAUUCUUACACGUAAGACCGAAAAUUCUCCAGUGCUGGCAAUACGCUCGGAACAGGAUCUCAUUAAGAUUAAGUAA